CUCUUUGUCUUAAACACAGGUCUGAAAACUAUGUACUUCGUCUGUGCUUAGUAAUUUUCUUAUUUACUUUUUUAGUUACACUUAUUGAAAUCAUAAUAAAAUAUAAAUGACUGUACUUUUACGAAUAUCAUAAAUAGUGUCAUACUCAUUCUUUAUGUAAUGUUUCGCGUACAUGCGUACUUAAUACUGUGAUAGUGAUUUGAUAUACAAACUUACGGUUCUCGUCAGAUUAGGGUAAGCAAAAUGGGUGGAUUAUUUAGCAAGACCAAAAAGCCUGUAAGUAGAGUAACAGAGCAGGAUAAAGCCGUUUUACAGCUAAAACAACAAAGAGAUAAGUUAAAACAGUAUCAAAAGAAAAUAGAGCUUAAUCUCGAAAGAGACAGACAGCUGGCGAAGAAACUUUUAUCGGAAGACAAACGCGAUAAGGCGAAAUUACUUUUGAAAAAGAAAAAAUAUCAAGAAAACCUUUUGCAGAAUACUGAUAUACAAUUAGAAAAGUUAGAACAACUUACACAUGAUUUGGAGUUCACGCAAAUUGAAGUACAGGUGCUCGAUGGAUUGAAGAUUGGAAAUGUUGCUUUAAAGAAAGUUCAUGAUAUCCUCAACAUUGAUGAAAUAGAAAAGAUAUUAGAUGAAACUAAGGAGGGUAUUGAAAAACAGAGAGAAAUAGAUGAGCUCAUUUCAGGACAGUUAAGUGAAGAAGAUGAUGAAGCAAUUGAAGCCGAGCUUGAAACAAUGCUUGAUGUUGAGGAUCAACUACCUGAGGUUCCUACUGAUAAAUUGCCUGAUGUUGUUGAGGAAAAGACCCCAGAGAGGCCUUUAAGAGUAAAAUCUAGUUCAAAGAAAAUUGCUGUUGAGGCUUAAAUAUUUUUUUGUAUUGUUUCAAAUUGUAAUUAAUAUAUUAUAUUUUAUUAAUG